AUGAUGUGUUCAGAGGAGAACUUUCAAGUUCUAGUAAAUGUGAAUGGGAAUGUGCCAGGUGACAAGCACUGCGUUGUUGUGGAUACGUACUGGCAAACUGAGACCGGUGGUCAUGUGAUAGCGCCGUUGCCUGGCGCAAUACCAACCAAACCAGGAAGCGCCACUCUGCCUUUCUUCGGUGUUGUGCCGACUAUUGUAGAUGCACAAGGGCGUGAGUUGGAGGGACCUGGAGAGGGCAAUCUUGUUGGUUUUAUGUGA